CAGAUUCAUUUCCACGAUAUUAUUAUGAAACGUCGACCUUCGAUUUUCGUGUAGUAAACAACUUCGUUUAAACAGAUAUCGGCAUGCUUCAUGGCAAGAGUAUAUAACUAGGAGUUUUAAUCCAUGAAAAAGUGAUUACUUGGCAAAAGAUAUGUUGGGUGAGAGGUUAAUAUUCUCCACUAACUAGUUAUCAAAAGUCAUUACAAAUAUAGGACAUGGUGCUUGGUCAAGUGAAUCGAGACACAAAAACAUAAAUCCCUAUUCCCACCCUCCCACGAAUUAAAAUACCAUUUGAUCAAACAUCUAAUUGUAUAAAAAUUUAGAAGGUGUGGGGUUACUAUAAGAGGACACCACCACCAUUCUUCAAUUUUUUUUUUCAAGGGUUAACGAGUCAUCCAUUUUAGCUCGGACCUGGUCGAGUUAGUGGGUCAAGGAUUAAUGAGUCACCCGUUUAGCCCGUUUUAGCCCGGUAAUAUAGAUAGAGUCAUUAUAUUGUAUUUAUCCUGAUAAAUUAUAUCGAAUCUCAUCUAACAUAUGAGUAGUAACAUAUAACAUUACACCAAAGUAACAUGUCGUACUUAGAUCCAACAUAUAGUGAAAAUUCACACACGCUUAUAUAACAUCAAUAUUCAAAUGUUCAACUAAUUUGAACAAGUGAUGUCUAGUUUCACCCUCUAAUCGAUGAAACUUCAAAAAAAUUGGGUUUUGCUUCAAAACAUGUAAAGUCUCUUAGUCAUAUCCCAUGUAUGGAUGACAAAAAAAAACCCAGAAUUGUGGGGAAAAUAUGAAAAAGGUAGCUUUGUUGUCGUUUUCAAAUACUAAGUUCAUGAAUCUAGACACACUACAUAAGUAGUAAAUUAACCUAUUAUAUAAUAAGACCACAGGGCCUUGCCAAAUUGAUCAUUUUCAAUUGACAAAUAUAAAAUAAGUUAUAGAGUAAGUGGGGGAUAUAAUAUAUGCCACCACAAAGGGAACUCCUUUCUCAUCUCAUAAUUUCACGAACUAUAUGAUGAUAAUGGCGCUCAUGCACAACUCCAUGUAAUUAUUCUCUUCUUCCUAUCAAAGGUUAAUCUACCCUCAAACCCUAGUUUUUGGCUCUUUUUUUUUUUUUUAAUUUGUUCGAUCUUCAUAUGUUGUCAUUUUUUUUAUUUAUAAAAUUUGUUCGAUCUUCCCAUUUCUCCGCACAGAGAGAUCAAUAAACAUAGUACAGUUGGUUAGUUUCUUCCUUUAGAAAUGGCGGCGGCGAUCUUCUCCUCCUCCUCCUUCUUCCAUAUUCUUCUUCUCCACCACCGUGCCACGUAAUCGAUCAAGCAGCGACCUGGGUUCGUACGACGCCGUUGCAGCCGGCAAUAUAUUAUAUAUAUAUAUAUGUUGUCGCGGUUGAGAUGGAUGGGGAUGAUGGCAGCUUUCACGGCGUCGAUACUGCUGCUGCCUCUGGUGCUGCCGCCGUUACCUCCGCCGCCGUUUCUCUUCCUCCUCGUUCCCGUCGUCAUCAUGUUGCUCCUGGUCUUCCUGGCCUUCUCUCCCACGGGACGACGGCGGCCUGCCUUGCCUCCGCCGCCGCGCAAUAAUAAUGGCUCCGGCGUCUGAAAAAUUGUCGACUUGGUAACGUGGCCCGCCGGGCUUCAAAUCGAAUAUCGUGAUUAUAAUAAUAUUAUUAUUAUGAUUAGUAUUAUAUCAUUAUUAUAAAUAUGGGAGCUGCUUGAGUUUGUUUUCUUUCGAUUUUUAUUUUUGGGUAGCUUAGUUAAUAUUUUGUGUUUAUAUAACUAUAGUGUAUAAUGUCUAAAAUAUAUAUAAAAACACACACAUAAGUGUGUAUUUCUUUUUUACGUGUGAAUAUUAUUAUGAUAUGUUGUAAUUAUUGAUCGCAUUAUCGUUUUGUAUACAUGAUUAUUCCUUGUUUUGUUUGUAAUAUAUGCACGCACGUAGAUUUUUUUUUUUUAAUAGAACACUUGGUUCAUACUAAAAAGAAGAACGAGAAUCUAAGGAAGUGGAUCAUAAAUUGUGAUAUAUUCUAAAAAUGAUACAAGUAGGGGAGUCAUACAAGAAAUUUGCAUUCAUCUACCUUGAAUCUUUUUGCCCAACCGUGUAUCGAAGCACGAUUCGAGGCAAAAGCUAAUUUUUAAUACGAUGAGUAUUUAACAACUAGCAUUGUAUCUUGAAUAUGUCACGUACAUAUGCAUUUGCGGUAAUUGAUAUAUAAGUGUGUAUGUUGUUUAUAAUAUAUAAAUAAUUAUAUACACUCGUAUUUGGGAGUACUCUGCAAUCUGCUGAAUACUACAUCUAAUCCAUCAAGAAUUUUCGUUUUACUGAGUAUAUGAUACAAUGAUGAUGAACAUUCGAAAAUCUUUGAACUUGUUGUACACCCCCUAGCUAACAUUCACUUUAUGAAUCUUAUUCUUAGUAUUAUUUUUCUUCUUUGUCAGUUCGUCAUUUAACGUAUUUCCAUUGAUCAUAUAUGUUAUUUAAGUAUUGAUGUAGAAUUUGAGAUUUCAUUACACGUAACAGAAGCUCUAGGUACGAGCAUUCACACAGGCUAAAUAUAUCGAUCUAUAGAAUGAGUAUCCAACAUCUCAACCACAAGAAGAUGAUCAUGAAAGUAUUGUUCCAAUUUCAUCGGAUAUCUCCAAAGUGACAAUAAUAUAAUGGAAGUAUGAGUCUAAUUAGAUUUAAAUAUAAUUAUGUGAACUAA